GGUUAGUCAGAUUUUAAUGUAUUAGCAAACACUGCGAUGAUACUGCUCGUAUGUUUUUCGAUAUUGUCAUAUGUGUACAGUCAAGGAUUUCCUCCUCUUGGAAAUGACCGGGAUUUUCAGGGACAAAACUCUUUCAGGCCUGGACCCUAUACGGGAGGUGAAUUUCAGUAUACAAAUCGUCCUGAGGGUUUCGGUGCUCAAAAUAUGAACUCCUAUCCGGGGGCCCGGUAUGGUUACCAGAAUCCGAGACAGACGAGUUACAGCGAGCGGGAACUUAAGGAACAACAUGCUACAGACGCUGAAACUCACACAAUAGCUACUUGGGUAUUAGAUGAAGUGGGGGAACAAGUCGAAAAAUAUAAUAAGCACGAAGAAUUCAAGCAAUUUACUGAUCAAGUGAAGGAAAGAACCAGACUGGACCCGAAACGGACGGUCGAGGACGAAGUAAAAGAAGUUUUGCAAUGGACGAAGAAUUUAGAAAACAGGCCCAUGCGCUAUGGCCCAAGACCAAAGCGGCCAAUGAUGUCCAUGCGGAAUAAACCGACUGCCAGACCAGCGGCCAUGGACCCAAAUCCUGGAAUGAAUCCAUAUUGGGCAGAACCAGAGCCGAAAAAAACCAGAUUUCCUACGCCAGGACCAAAUACUCCGAGAAUGGUUACAGGACAGCAAGCUAUGGACGCGGCGUUACGUACCCUAAAGAGCUUAGACAACAUAGAUGAUAAGUCACCGAUGGAAAAAUUCCCAGAGGUCAUGAAGAGUUUGCCAAGAGACUUGCCAAUGGAUGCAGUACGAGAAUCAAUCCUGAAAACGCCUAUAAAAGAGAAAAUUAUCGUGAACAAUCCAACAAAGGAUGAUUUUAAUUCUCCAAUCAGAUGGGUGCCAAUAACUUCGAAUGACACCAGAGAUGGGUUAGCUAAAGUAACAGACCCACAAACGGGACAGAAUCGUCAAUUCGUUUUAAAUGGCGUGGUGAUGGUUCCUGUGAUUGAUUAUAGCAUUGAAAGAUUGGGCUUAACUUCCACAGCUCGUCCGGUGAUUACGACUGACUCCCGAUCGUUAUUAACUUUAAGGCAGAAUGUUGAUUUAAAAACUGUCGAUCAGGGGGAUUGGCUUGCAUUUGAAAUUGCACUGGGGGGACGGAAUGAUAGUGAUCGAUGUGAUGGCAACUAUUGUCAGAGUAGGUGCAAGACUCUGGCGUGCGAGACCAUGUGUAAUGGCGAUACUUGUGCUUCAGGGUGUGUCGGUGAUCACUGCAACACUUUUUGUAAGGGUCCCGGCUGUUUAGCUAUGUGCAUUGGAGAAAGCUGUUUAUCAAAGUGUGAAGGGCUGGCCUGCGAAGCGAGGUGUCGUGGAAACGGAUGUGAAGCUAGCUGCCGUACAUUUUCAUGCAAUUACGUAAUUAACGCAAAAUACGGGAGAGGUGGCAGCACUUGGAGCGAUCACUACCCUCAGUAUGAUGAGAAGAAUAUCAGAAAUCCAAAUCCUAUGUAUGAAUAAAUUAAUAAUGCUUAUAUUUUAUUUAGUGCCCUUGAGUUUGGACCAAGUGAAGGGACCAAUUACGAAUGGAGAAGGAGUUAUUUGGUUACCACAAUCCUGUUUUAUUUUAACCUGUAUAACCUAAUGAUCUAAGAUUUUCGCGUGUAUUCAUUCAAAUAAAAGUGAGAUUUUCUGAUAUACUACCGUUUUUUAUUAUUUUAUUUCAACAUGUUUCUGAGGUUUCUGUUACUUUGUAGCAACAUUGAUCACGGGAAGAGGAGAUGAAAAUGUGUAUUGUAUUUUAUCAUCUCGUCUUCCCGUGAUCACGGUUGCUGCAGAGUGACAGAAACGCCAGGUAAAUUUAAAAAAUAAAAUAAUUAAAACGCGUAGUACAUCCUAAAAAUCUUAGUUUUUUUUUUAAAUUCAUAACUUAAUACUGUGACAAAGUUGAACUGUCGAAAUUGAUGCUUUUUUCAUUUGCUUGUAUAACUUCUUAAUUAAUAGCCAACACAAGUGAUAGAAUUAAGACAUUGUUCUAAAAUCGAUUGAUAACAAUAAAUUACACUUAAUAAAUUUAAUACCUAAUUACUACAUA